AUGCCGGGCAGAUUACAGAUCCCUACUGUCUUUGCUGGGUUCAUCCCACUGUGGGAAUGUGAGAUCCCACUGUGGGAACCUUCCAGCCCGCCUGGUCUGAGAGAGAGACUGGGUUGGGCUGGGCCACCAUCUCAUCCCUCUCUGGCUUUUCUUUCCCUCCAGUUCAGGACAAAAAGACGUGGGCAGGCCUCUGGGCUCGCUGGUGCCAUCAUGGCAGAGAAGGUGAACAACUUCCCACCAUUGCCGAAAUUCAUCCCGCUGAAGCCAUGUUUCUACCAAGACUUUGAGGCAGACAUCCCUCCCCAGCAUCUCAGCAUGACCAAGCGCCUCUACUACCUCUGGAUGUUGAACAGCGUCACGCUGGCCGUGAACCUGGUGGGCUGUCUCGCGUGGCUGAUCGGAGGCGGGGGAGCCACCAACUUUGGCCUCGCCUUUCUCUGGCUCGUCCUCUUCACACCCUGCUCCUACGUUUGCUGGUUUCGGCCCAUUUACAAGGCCUUCAAGACUGACAGCUCCUUCAGCUUCAUGGCAUUCUUCUUCACCUUCAUGGCCCAGCUGGCCAUCAGCAUCAUCCAAGCUGUGGGCAUCCCAGGCUGGGGCGUCUGCGGCUGGAUUGCCACCAUCUCCUUCUUCGGAACAAAUGUUGGCUCAGCGGUGGUGAUGCUUAUUCCCACUGUCAUGUUCACGGUCAUGGCUGUUUUUUCCUUCAUCGCCCUCAGCAUGGUUCAUAAAUUCUACCGAGGCAGUGGGGGAAGUUUCAGCAAAGCUCAGGAGGAGUGGACCACGGGGGCCUGGAAGAACCCGCACGUGCAGCAGGCAGCCCAGAAUGCAGCCAUGGGGGCGGCCCAGGGUGCCAUGAAUCAGCCUCAGACUCAGUAUUCCGCCACCCCCAACUACACGUACUCCAAUGAGAUGUGAGCCAGCUAAGCCUAUGGGAGGCAGGGCUGGGGGCCCGUUGGACGGGGGCUCGAGCCACAUCAUCUGUUGUGAUGACCAAGCAGGGUUUCCCCUUCCCUUUUCUCCUCCCCAACUUUGUACAAAGAAUCAGAGUUAUAUAUAUGUGUGUGUGUGUGUAUGUAUAUAUGUAUGUAUGUAUGUAUGUAUGUAUGUAUAUGUGUAUGUGUAUGUGUAUUUCCACCCCGUCACCCGCUUGGAUUCUGCUCUCGGCCCUUUCGAGAGCCAGGGGCUGCACGUGGCGCCGUCUGUGUCCCCCCGUGGAGUAUAUGCAGUGGAGGUCUCUGUUGUGGUGCUAGGUGUCCUUUUAGAACUAAACCAGCCCCCCACCCUCCUCUAGGCUGCCCCUCUGACCUUGGCCCAGGACCCCUCGUGGGCUCGGGGGAGGCACAGAGAGCCUGGCCCCCUUCCCAGGGUUAUGAGCUGAAUGAAACUUCCCACUUUAGGUUUUAGUGGGAAGAAACAGUAUUUAGCACUCAUGGGAGUGGGAGGUGAGAGGGUGGGCACAGGCAGGGGAUCUUCCCUUGCUUGUGGUCCAGGCCUCCUCCCCAACUCCUCCUCCCUUCCUCUCUUUCUGCUGUCAGAUUCCCUGUGGUCUCUUCUCUUGCCCAGGAUCCCUCUCUUCCCCAUGUGGCUUUUCUUUGUCUUCCCCAAGGCUGAGUGUCCCUCUUGCAUCUGCUCCUGAGACUGAGCCCAUUCCCAGAUCGAGGAAGCAAACAGGGAAGCAGAGCCUUAGCCGUGCUGUGGAAGGGCACAGCCAGAGGCCCAGAGCCCAUGUGGGUACCUGACUCCCAGGGAAUAGAAGCGCAGGGUCAUCUCCUUGACUCUCAGAGCUUGGCCUGCAGGGGCAGGCCCCCCUCUUCCCUGACCUGCUGCUGCUUCCCAGAGCACCCUUGAGCCCCUCUGCCUGUGUCCCUCCCCAUACCCUCAAUUGCUGUGGCUUCUACCCUACUGCCACAUCUAGGUGGCAUCUGCCAUCCAAGAGGGCAGAUUCUACUGUCUUUUCUGAAGAGCUAGAUGGUGUCCUAGGCAAUUUUCAGAUAUAAAGGUACAACUGGAGCAGAGGAUAUUUAAAUAAUUAUUGGUCCCUGGUUGAGAUCUGGCUGGCCCAAGCCCACAGGGCGAUUACUAGAUCUGAAUGACCAUUGGAUUCCUGGGAGCAGUAGAUGUUCUGUUGGGCCUUGUAGAGGGGACAGGAACAGAGAAGGCGUGCAGGGCCUCCUGAUCGGGGAGCGUGCCUCCUCCUACCCCAGCUCGUUCUUGGUCGCAGGAAAGUUCUGGGCACUUGAACUCAGGGCCCAGGAAGAAACACAGAUCUGAUCCUAUCCACAAUCACAAUGGCUGGAAUGGGAUUUCAGGUUAGGCAGGUGGGAGGGGAGCCUCUCUGACUUGUAUCUUUUUCAAAUCAAGGUUACUUGUUUGCUUCUGCCUACCAGGCUUGGUUCUUGGCCCUUCUUUGCCUUGUCAGAACCCCCUUUCUCUUCUAGGACAGUGACUUCAGGCCUGUGGGGCUGUUCUGCUCCAAGCAUUGUGAGAAUGUGGCUGGUAGAGGCCUGGCUCUCUGAAACCUGAAGGGGGUGGGUUCUCACCAAAGGAGCAGCUACCUAUUUCCCACUCUCCCUUCUCCUGCCUGGGCCAUUUGGCUGAAAAACCAAACACCACUUGGCCACGCAGGGCUAGUUCCAGCUUGGAACCUGACCCCUGGGCUUACAAGUACCAUCCUGACCUUUGAGCUCCAGGUACUUAAUUUUCCUGUAAGGGGCGCCAGGCCUCUGGAAACUCCUUUUACUAAUGGUCCCUUAAGCUUGGGCCAGAGUGUGACUGGUUCUGUCCUCCGCGCUCUCUCCAGAAAGUAGCUGUCACAGCCCCUAGUAGCUGAAAAGACACCGUAGGUCUAGGCUUUUCCUCCCCUUCCCUCUCAACCACCACAGACCUCUGGCUCCCUUUCUCUUAGUUUCUCUGGUAGCACCAGGUGGCUUAUGGUCUAGCUGCCAGCUCAACAUCCAUGACCUGUUGGGUGCCACCUCCUGUCAAUUUCCUGUCCUACUUGCCUUUCCUCCUUCCUGGCUCAGGCCUAUAUGGCCAUGCCCUGGCUCUGGCCCUGGGAAGGCCUGCUGCUUAGGUGUGACCCAGCUUGUCCCAGGCCCUGGGAUGCUGCAUCUCCAGGCAACUAUGCACUUUCCUGGAGGGGGAAUCCAUUAGAGAAGUGGGGCCUGAGCACAGGUUCAUCUCUGCUGGAAGGUCUGGCUUGGGUGUGGGUGGCUGAAGGCCCAAAUCAGUUCUGGGGAUUCCCAGGUGUGCAGCCAGCCGGUGACCUGCUUAUGCAUUCUGCCGGUGCCCACUGCUCCUUGUUUCUGGGACACACAGACUAUUCUCCUAAUGGCAGUUUGACCUGCCUCAGCCAAUGUGUCUGUCUGUGGUAACUGAGUGAACCAUAAUAAAGGAAAAUAUGGCC